AUGGCGAUUUGUGAGAGUCUGAGUGAGUGGGAGGAGUCGCCCUGCACUAUGGCAAAACGCAAAACACAAGUUGAUGAUGCAGGCUCUGACAACGAUGACGCCAGCGAGCGCAGUCUCAUCGACGUCGAUUUUGACUUUUUCGACCCACACCCGGACGUAGACUAUCUCGCCCUCAAAAGGCUCGCCGCUCAGCUCUUCCAGGUGGAUGCGGAACUCCUGCACACUCAUGAUCUUGCAGACUUGAUCUUGUCCCAACCGCUGGUGGGUACCACCGUGAAGUGCGAUGGGCGGGAGAGCGACCCAUAUGCUGUCCUGACGGCAUUGAACAUGCAUGUCCACCAAAAUCACCCUUCUAUUAAAGCCCUGACAGAGUACGUCCUCGCCAAGUCGUCUCGCGAUGCAUCCUUCCACUCCACGCUUCAAAAUCUCCUUGGUCCGGCGGGCCUUGCCUCACAAAAUCACGUUGGGUAUGUCUUCUCCGAGCGGCUCAUCAACAUGCCCGUGCAAGUCGUCCCCCAUAUGUACCGCAUGCUAGCAGAUGAGAUACAGUGGGCCCUCGAUGACAACGAACCAUACAACUUCACACACUUCCUUAUCAUUUCACGGAUAUACCGGCUUUCCGCAGAGGAAGAGGCGGAGCUGCAGGGUCCCGCACCGCGGACAAAACGGCUGAAGCAAGCAGCGGCCCAGGCGUCUCAAAGUUCUGCAGGCGGUGUUUACCCCUUCCACCCCGAGGAUGAAGUAAUCCAAAAGAUUGCAUUGAACUCGCUGGACUUCGAGUUUACGCGGGCGCAACCACGAGAGGAGGGCUCGUUCGGUCUGGAUAUGGGUGGGCGCAUGAUGCUUGUGUCCGCUGCACGCCUCCGUCUCAGAUUUCACGGGUACAAACUGAACGGCGUGAUACUUCGUGCCGUCGAAAAUAUCCUUCUAUCCACUCUUAUAGCCAUCCGCGAUGCCAUAAACCUAUCCCGUCCGGUAAACCGUCUACCAGCGGAAGUGCUACUCCAGAUAUUCGACAACGUAACCGUACCUUCUUCCUCACGCAACGACACUACCCACCAAAGCCUCGUAUGGCCAGCACUAUUUGACUUCAGGGAGCCGAAGCGUGUAGUGCCCCUCACCCACGUCUGUCGUCGCUGGCGUCAAAUCGCUCUUGCAAGUCCCAUGUUAUGGACAACCGUCGAUGAGCGGUCCAAUAUAGACAUCGCGGCUACUCAUCUGGCGCGCUCUGAGAGCGCACCCCUUAAAGUCUUAGUCCGCUCCUUCACGAAGCCUGUCGCCAGAACCAUCUACUCCACGUCUGCAUCCCGCAUUCGGAGGUUGUAUCACCGGUCGAAUUACGGCACGAUUGUCCAUUCUUUCCUAGGGUUUCCCGCGAAUGAGCUAGAAGCGAUCGCGCUGGAAGUCAGAACCAGCAUGGGAACGCUCUCGAGCUAUGUGGCCGAACCACUCCUCUUCGAAGGAAAGGCACCACGGCUCAAAGUGCUCGUACUUCACAAGAUCCCAUGGCUCCCUGCGAACCGCUUAGAGAACCUGACGCACCUCUCUAUCAAUGAAAACACCUUCAGCUUGAAUGGGUGGCUCAAGUUUCUAUCGGGCGCUCCUAAACUGCAAGAAAUAAUUCUGCGGUCGCUGAGAGUCACCCAAAAAGAGGAACCCGACGACAGUAAUCGAGUGGCUCUGAAUAACCUGCGUCGUCUCGCAAUAGGAAACAUGGAUGGAUCUGCCGCUUCUUGCCUCAUUUCCCAUCUCAUCUUACCACCCAGCCUGGCACUGUAUCUGUUCAGCAUCGACACAGAGCUCAGGACAGACAUAGCGUUCAUGCGCACGCUACCUCGCCUUCCCUUCAUGGACGACAUCUCCCAGCUGAGCCUGACCGUCAAAACCGGGCCGGGAAUGGUCAUGUUCACCGUGAUUGUUGCAGGCGCAUCGUCUGCGCUUCGUAUCGACUGGAGUAGACGACUGUACUCGGAUGCCGUCUACCAGCUCCGCGCAGAGUGGGUGCGAACGCUUCUCAGCAUCCUGGAUAUGUCAAAGGUCCAGGAGUUCUGGAUUGACGGGCCGCAUAGCAUCGCAGAUAGCAUUGAAACCCUCCUGGUCGCCAUGCCUUCACUCAAAACGAUUGUCUUACGCUCUUAUGACGUCCUGUCGCGUGUAUACCAGGUCCUGAUGCCGCCGCGGCCUCACUGCCCCAACCUCGCAACGCUACAGCUUCUGUCACCCCAGACAUUGUCCAUUGAUGAUUUGGGCGUGUUUGCACGUAACUUAAUGCGCCCUUUAGAUCUCCUUGUCAUCAACGAGGCAGCACUGCGCUUGACGGGGCAGCAUGCUAGGGAUGAGACGUUGCAGAAUUUUCCGGCCACACGUGUUGAAGUAUGCGAUCAGAGAAGCGCGACAAAGUGCAUGGUGCUACCUGCGGUCUGGACCAACGGUACACCUGCGCAUGGUUUUUGGGAGGAGGAUCCUCGCUUGGGCGGGACAAGGCUCGAUUGUCUCGACAAUUCCUUCCCCCAUUGGAGUUUGCUAUCUUUCUCUUCUCUCUUCCUACGCAAAUCACCCAACAUGACGAAGACAUACAUCAUGAACGGUCUCGUUGAGAAGAUGCAAUCGUCCGACCAGGACUUUCGGUAUAUGGGCUUGAACGAUCUCUUGGUUGCUGUGAAGGAGGAUCCUAAUAGUCUCUUGGGUGAUGAAGCGGUGGAGAACAAAGUGCUCCGCCAGGUGCUCCAGCUCGUGCAAGACAAGAUCUCAGAAGUCAAGAAUCAGGCUGUCAAAUGUCUAGGGCAACUCAUCAAAAUCAUACGCGAGAACCAGAUGGAGUAUGUUGUGGAUCGCUUGAUUGACUUCUCGUCAGGCAAGGACGAAGAGCUGCGGGAUAUCUCAGGACUAGCCUUGAAGACGAUCACGGCUGAGCUACCGCCCGGGGGCAAGAUUGCCGCGAAAGCCUGCGAAAAGCUCACGCCGAAAUUGCUUGAACAGUUAUCGAAUUCGGCUACGCCUCCCGACACCCUCCUCGAGACACUUUCAAUUCUGUCCAUUCUUAUCACCCGUUUCCCGGCGUACGUCGCGAACCCUGACCUACAACCCCAGCCCUUGCAGGUUCUGACCCCGAUGCUUUCGCAUCCCCGUCCCGCUUUUCUUCCUACCACACGCGCUGUAUUGUUCUCUGAGCUGCUCUCUGGGAGCGUCAUACCCGGACUGGGUCCCUCUGCUAAUGUCGAUAAUCAAAGAACGACUGUACAGCUCGUUGCUGCCAUCGCACGCCAUACGCCACACCAGAUUGGGCCCGAGCUGAACAGUAUAGUUCCGAGUAUCGUCAAAGCGGUGCAACGCGAAGACGAGGAGCUGCAAGAAAGCUGUCUACAGGCUUUGGAAGCACUCGUACUGCGAUGUCCAACGGAAGUGACACCUUUCCUUUCGUCUAUUGUUUCGGUUGGAUGUCAAUUUAUAAAGUACGACCCUGUAUUCAUUCUCACAUCUCGGGCUCGGCCAUGGUCGCUGAUAUCAAUCGUCGUCGCGUUGCUGCUUGAGUUGUCUCCAAAGGCCACGUAUCCAGAGGUCGAAAGUGUAUUGUUGACGGAUAUCUACGAUGUUGCUCAUUCGCCCCUCGUGGCUGGGGCUGCCUUCGACUCGAUCCUAGCGUUCUUCGCAGCUCUAGUCGAAGCGGACAUGGAAGUUGCAACGCACGUCGUGCCCAACUUGGCUAUCGCUGUGGAGAAGGCUCCCAAGGCAGAAGCAUCACAAGGGAACGUGGCGAGAUGUAUCGGCCAAGUCGUCAAGGCUCAGCGUGGUGUGGCUGCCGGUACUGUUGCGGAAUUCUCGAAGCAUCUCAAGCCCUCCUCCAAGGCCAGAACGUCACAAAUCGUCCUCAGCCUCCUUGUGAUGGGCGAGGUCGGUCGAUUCAUGCAACUCAAGUCGUUGCGCAGUGAUAUGUCCUUGCAAGAGAAUGUCUUCUCUCACGUCAUUGAAAAAUUUGCCUCCGAGCAAGAGGAGAUUCGGACAGCUGCUGCCUUCGCCGCUGGUAAUAUUGCUGUUGGAAACCUCCAUCACUUCUUACCCGUCAUUGUCAAGAUGGUUGAGAAUGACGCUGAGAAGCGGCUGCUGUCACUCCAUGCCUUAAAAGAGGUCGUUACCCACUGUUCGCACGGACAGCUGGAAACCGUAGCGGACCUUCUAUGGGUUCCGCUGUUUGAGCAUUCUGAUAAUACGGAGGAGACCACCCGCAAUGUUGCGGCAGCAUGCCUCGGCAAGCUGACAACUACUCAUCCCUCUCUAUACCUGCCACAGCUACAUGAUCGUAUCCGGGACGCGAAACCGGCAUCAAGAGCAACCGUUAUCUCGGCCUUGCGAUACACCUUCACGGAGGCUUCGGCUGAGUUCGAUGUGUUGCUGAAUUCCGUACUCAUGGAUUUCCUUGCUUUGGUUGCUGACUCGGACCUGACGGUUCGUCGGCUGGCGUUGUCAGCACUCAACUCUGCCGCUCGUCUGAAGCCCCAUCUCAUCCGCGAUCAGCUCCAGUUCAUUCUACCCAAUCUGUACAAGGAGACGGUCGUCAACCCUGAUCUCAUCCGCACUGUGCAGAUGGGCCCCUGGAAGCACAAAGUGGACGACGGUCUCGAGGCACGUAAAACAGCAUAUGAGACGCUGUACACGCUGCUGGACACAUGCCUCGCAAAGAUUGAUCUUCAUGAAUUUUUAGGCCGUGUACUUGCAGGCCAGUCUGAUGAAUCCGACGAGGUGAAGGUCAUUUGUCACAUGAUGCUUUUCCGGCUCUCGCAAGUGGCUCCGACUGCGGUUGCUCAGCGCCUUGACGAGAUCACUCCUCCGCUGGAAAAGAGUAUGAAGGGUGCGGUCGUCACAAAGGACACGGUGAAACAAGAUAUCGAGCGUGCGGCCGAGUUGCAGAUGAGCACGCUUCGAGCGGUGGCGGCACUGAGCAAGAUCAGCCAGCCUGGAGCAAACCCACGCUUUGAUGCAUUUGUUGACCAGACGAGGAAGUCUCCAGAAUGGGGAAGCGAGUUCAAAGAACUUGUGGGUGCUUGAAUGAAGCAAAGCUGUGUGUGUGUAUUUUUUCCUGGAUGCGCCCUUCGCGGUCGUGUAAAGAUAGAAUGCGAGGAAAACGCUGUCGCAAUCAAUCGUGCUGUCAUUCUGUAGCUAUACUAACAUGUCUACGUACCAUUGUUUGAUCUGUGUUGCAAUCGAAGCUUUAUGAGACAUUCG